AUGAAAAAUGGCAACAGAGGACCGAUUGGAUUGCCGUUACGACGCGUCCAAAGUCGUAAUGCGCUUGUGAUGUCAGCCAUCCAGGAAGAGCGCGCAAGUGCAAUGAGCGCAAUAGCCGUUGCAAUCGAACCGUCAGAUUCAUGCUCCUCAUCUCCAACUACUUCGUCUUCUAGUCCUGAUUCAAGCCCACACCGACAGCAAGUCGCCAGCUCACACCUAAAAAGCGUAAACUCUGAUUUGCUAUCAGGAGCUCAAAAAACUACUCAAGCAGACAUAUCCAGCCAAGAGCGAUCGCAAAAGUUAGAAGAAGUCAAAUCGUCAUCUCCUAUUCCUCCUACUCAUGCGCCCCCGCGGAUUGUACGGACCCAAUCGGCUCGAUUGCGAUCCGCCCAGCGACUCGCUGAUGUACCAUUGGCCGGAGUCAAGGGUUUGAAGACUGCAAUGGCAAAACAGAUGCAAUCAAUCUCGGCCCGUUCACGUUCCAUCCCCUAUUUUAAUGAUGCAAACACAGCGACGAAUGCAUCCAGGACAACAUCGCAGUCAACAAGCUCCGGGCGGUCUCGCUCACCUUUCCGAUUUGACGACUCUCUCAUGAACGACGAGCACAUGCCUACUGAACCUAUUUCAGCAAAGAUAAAGACAAAGGGCUUUAAUUCUGAGCGAUCUCGUCCGACGCCACGCUUCGACGACUCUACUUCAUAUGAAGAAGCCAUGAAAAACGGAAAUACUGCCAAGUCGCUUCGGUCGCGACCUGUACCGCGCUUUGAUGACGGUCUGCAUGCCCCUGGCUCUGUACCACAACGCGAAGCGAAAGAUUGGAAGGUUCACGCCACUCGAACCCGACCUGCCUCAAGCCCGACAUCGCAAAAUUUGACAUCUCCAACGUCAUCGAAUGAUGUGAAAAACCUGGCCCGGCGACGAAACUCGAAUCCCACAGCGCCGUUAGAGCUGGCAAAGUCAAACUCACCAACAAUCGUAAGUGGUGCCUCACUCAAGCAUGCUAACCAAUAUCGAAGCCACCGUCUUUUUCCUUCAGAGGAAAAUGCUUCCGUUUAUCGACCCCGAGCUUCAUCAGACGGUGGUCUUGGAUUUGAGCUGACGAAUCAGCUCAGUAAUCAAAAUAUUCGCCCGCGAGCAUUGUCAGACUCGAAGCCGACGCAGAAGGAAAUAAAGCUAUCGUCACGUCUACGUCAUUAUGAGGGAAAGUUUCAAAAUCGGCGGGGUCAGUCACUUCUGUACUUUUCGCUCUUCCCCCCGGAAAAGCUAGCAAUGCGGGGAAUUAUCUUGCACUUGCAUGGAUUAGGUGACCAUUGUCGGCGGAAUACGGCACUGUACGAACGCUACUGCGAAGAAGGUUUUGGUGUUAUUGCGUACGAUUUGCUUAAUCAUGGAGCCAGUGACUACGACAAGUACAAGGUUCGCGCGCACAUUAGCAAUUUCAAUGAACUGAUUGAUGACACGAACGAUUUUAUAACGUUUGCUAAAACCAAUAUUUACAAGGUUGCGCUCCGAUACUGGCGCAAACAUCACCACCCAAUCCAUCCCCAUGGAAAAGAGAAGAAGCGAGAGUCACUUCCGGAGCUGCCACUAAUAAUCACUGGCAAUUCGCUUGGAUCCCUCAUUGGUCUUCACACGAUUCUUUCGGGAAAGCAAAAAUUUCACGCUGCUGUCUGGGCAUCGCCUAGUAUUGGUGUCACUUGGACUCCGGUGCUGUGGGCUCAGUGGAAGUUUGCUAAAGCGUUGCUUGCAGCAUUCCCGACUGCAAAAAUGAUUCCUGCGGUUCAGCACAGUCUGCGAAGCAGGAAUCCUCACUUUCUGGUGAGGUAUCAAAAGGACCCUCUCACUUGUAGUGAAAUGAUCACCCCCCGCACUGGAUACGAAAUAGUUUGUGCCAUGAGUCGACUGCAACAAGAUGCAAGAGUCUCCGAUGAGGGCACUCCUUUCUGUUCAAUACCCAUGUUAUUCCUCGCUGGGACGAAUGAUCGAAUUUCUGACCAACAAGCUUCGCUAAAGUUUUUCUCUCGGAUGGGAAGUUUCGACAAAGAAUUUCAACUUUUCGAGGGACUGUACCACAUGAUUUACGACGAGCCAGAGCAAGAGGAUGUCCUCAAGUAUAUGAUCAACUGGCUGCACAAGAGAUUUCCACUUGAGACACGACAAUCUUAA